CGGAAGUACUCGGGGAGGGCCGCGCAGUCGGACCGGCUGCUGAGACGAACGCUUCACUGGGGCAGUCUCCGCUUAUCAUGGGGAGAUAGACGCUGCUGCCUGUGAGUCUUGGGCCCUGGCAGUUGAGGAAGAAGAGCGGGAGGAGGGAGUCGAGACCCUGACCUACCGUGGGUCGGUGUUUGAAGAAGCAGCUUGUGGAGGAGACGGGGCUAUGAGGCAUCAGGCUCUUGGGACGGGACUGAGGGAAUCGGGCUCGGAGAAGACGCGGCUGUGGGGACCCGGGCUCCAGACAGGACUUAGGGAACAGGGACGUAUAUGAGUUCUUCAGCACUUGAAGGAGAGCUGUCUGAGAGGGACAGGAGUGUGAGGACCCGCACUCCUCUAAGAGGAGAGGGUCGGAACGGAAUGGGGCGUGAAGAAGACACGGGCUUCGGAGAGUUGAUUGGCCUUGGUCCUCACAGCUCCAAAAAGAAACAGGAUCUCGAUAAGCUCUAUGAGCUGAAGUCCAAAGCUCGACAGAUUAUGAACCAGUUUGGCCCCUCAGCCCUAAUCAACCUCUCUAAUUUCUCAUCCAUAAAACCUGAACCAGCCAGUACCCCUCCACAAGGCUCCAUGGCCAAUAGCACUACAGUGGUAAAGAUACCUGGCACUCCUGGGACAGGAGGUCGUCUUAGCCCUGAAAACAAUCAGGUAUUGACCAAGAAGAAAUUACAGGACUUAGUAAGAGAAGUGGAUCCUAAUGAGCAGUUGGAUGAAGAUGUGGAGGAGAUGCUGUUGCAGAUUGCUGAUGAUUUUAUCGAGAGUGUGGUGACAGCAGCCUGCCAGCUUGCUCGGCAUCGCAAGUCUAGCACCCUGGAGGUGAAAGAUGUCCAGUUACAUCUAGAACGCCAAUGGAACAUGUGGAUCCCAGGAUUUGGUUCUGAAGAAAUCCGACCCUACAAAAAAGCUUGCACCACAGAAGCUCACAAACAGAGAAUGGCAUUGAUCCGGAAGACAACCAAGAAAUAACACAUGGAAAGGUCAGGAGAUGGACAACAAUUUAUUUGGAGAUACUUGAGCUGAGACCUCAGCCAUCUCAUCCUUGGAGUUUUUUUUUUUUUUAAUGCUUUACAGAGAAGCAUAUAUUUUUUAUUAACAGUGCAGCAAUAUCUAUAAUGACUGAGAGGAUCUGCCAAAAGAAUAAAGCCUCCUACCCAAACUUCCGGUCCCUUGUCCCUGCCAUCUCAAAGAGGAGCAAUGUAUCUUCCAGAGAAGAUUUUAUUUGUGGUUUAUUAUAUAAGUGAUUGAAUAUGAGACAAAACAUUAUGGUCUUGUUGGGUGAGACAGUAUUAGCAGGAUUUGUAGGUUUUGUUUUUUUAUUCCUUCCCCUCUUCCCUGUACUUUGUAAUGCCAGUGUUUAUAUAAACAUGACUUUCAUUUGCUUUUCCAGAAUAAAAAAGUUAUUAACCGAAA